UUUUUCUUUUUUUUUUUUUUCUUUUCUUUUUUUCGGAGCUGGGGACCAAACCCAGGGCCUUGCACUUGCUAGGCAAGCGCUCUACCACUGAGCUAAAUCCCCAACCCCUACCCCGAAAAGUGCUCUCUUAAAACUAGAAAACCUAUGUAUUGCCUUUGUCGUGUGCAUUUUGCAACAGCCAUUCAAUUCCCUUCAGUGUGUCAAUGUGUUCUCACUACAGUAAGAAGACUCAUUGUGCACUUGGUAGAAAACAGUUUGGGUUUGCAUUUCCCGGACGGUAAAGUGCUGGUUGCUUUAAUACACUGGUAGUUAUUUUGCUAAGUGGUUUCAGACUUUUUGUUUUUUAAUCUAUUUUACUGGCCAGGAGAUAUUUUCAGUCACGGUAUUAAGUAGUUAUAGUAUACGUGUUUCGUCAUUCAACAAAUGUCAUACACCAGCUUCAGUGUUCAAGGUGUGUCUCUGUGUGUGUUGAUUGUUUGAGAGGCAAUCUCCCUGUGUAACCGAGGCUGACAUUAACUACCACAGCUUCCUCAGAACACUGGGGUACACAAUAUGCUUUGUGUGUUUUGAGACUAUAGCCGUGCCCAGGAUACAUAUGUUUCCUGGCCUUUGGAGUUUUUUUUAAAGAAGCAGUCAUAGCUCAUAGCCGAGCUUUGCAAUUCAACGUUCUCCUUUCCCAACUCCAGAGAAUAACAAGAGAUAGAUGGUCUGUGAUGUAAAUUUCCAAAGAUUUCAAACUAAUUGAUAAUGUACGAUUUUAUAUGUAUACAAUAACCAAUUAUAUUACGAUUUAUAAGUUGGAAAUUGGGAACCAUAUCUGCUCAUUUUUAUUUUUUAUAUGUGCCUGUCGCUAUAUUAAUAUAAGCAGGGAUUCAGAUUCAUUUCUCCUGGAUUGUGGGAAAUCCUCCUCCCUUUACUUUGGAGACAGGGUCUCAUGAAUCUCAGGCUGGUCUAUUGACCUGGCCAUCCUGUCUCUAGUCCCAGGUGCUGGAGUCGUGGAUGUCUACCACAGUAUCAGGUUUUAUGCCAGGCAAGCACCAACCUACUGAGCCACACCACCAGCCGAUAAGAGUUCUGAGUCCUUACACCCCAGUGAAUCUUGGCUUGUGAAACUUUAGAAACUGUUCUAACCAGUUUUUGCACGACUCCUCAUUUCAUCCUUAAAGGACAGAGUUAAGAAGAGUGGAUGUGAUUUGUUGAACAAAUUCCUGGGAGUGGGAGGGGCUCCGAGGGAGGAACACCCACCUGGAGGCCCCUCUCACUUUUUUACUAAGUGUAUGUCUAUGUGCCUGCAUGUGUGUGUUAUAUGUGCACACAGUGCCCCAGCAGAUCAGAGGACACCAGAUUCCCCCAAAAGGAGAGUUACAGGUGGUUAUUGUUAGGUCACAAACCCAGGACAAAUGGUGCCUAUUUAAUGUGUCAUAGUGGACCUGGCCUCUGGGUUCUCCCAGCAUCCCUCAUUUCCUACCAGUUACAAGGAAGAGCCUGAGUGAUUCCAAGCCCAGGAUGGAGGUGUGCCCUUAUUGUAAGAAGCCAUUUAAGCGAUUAAAAUCCCACUUGCCGCACUGUAAAAUGACAGGAUCAUCCAUACCCGCUGAUCAAAAAGUUUCUCAGUCCAAGACAGCGACACUUACUAAAAAAGAGAAGAGGCCCACCAGAGACUUAACCAGAGCUGAAGAGAAGGAGCUAGAGAGAGAGGGUCCGAAAAGAACUGUGAAAGUGGAAACCAGCCAAGCAGAGUGGACAACUGCAGCCUCUCCGCUUCCAGAGGGUGCCUCGGAAGGCACCCAUACAACAAAAGCAGGAGAAACCAAAGAGAAAAAGCUGCUCUCCUUCCGAGUACUCAGGCGCACCAAGCCAGAGGUGACUCUGCAGAGAGUCACAGCCCCUCAGUCUCCUCCCAAGAUAGAAUCCACCAGAGAUGUGUCUGAGUCCAAGGGAAGUCCACGCUGCCCCUCAGAGACAGAAGCAUCUUCACUGGUCAGCUCAAGGGAACCUUUUUCUACUAAGCAAGACAGAGAGCAUGUGUCAGCUCAGCCUCAUGCUAAACCAGCCACUUCUGCCAGGCUCAGAUUGGACACAGCGGAUCCCCAAAGGCAGAAGCUUCUGGUAAAAUUAUUAGAUGUGCCUACUGGUGAUUGUCGUUCUCCAAAGAAUGGCAGCCAUGGGGUUCAGAGAGUAGCACCCUCAGUGUCAAGCAGGGAGAAAGACUCCCAAGAUGGAGGCCACCUCUCAGGAGUCUCUCCCCACUCUGGUGACCCCGAGACCCAAAGGUCAGAAUCACUCCUCUUGGGCCUUCACAAUGGCCUGCUGGGUAAAGCACAGGUCAGAGAGCAUCAAGAACUUGGCCUUGGGAUGGAGUUGAGCCAGAGUAAGGGAAAUACUGAGAACAGGAUGUCCGUCACAGAUGGACAGGAAGCCACUGGCUUGGGCCACCGUGGUAAGGACCCCAUUGCAGCCACAAAGGCAAAGCCAAAGGCCACCCUUGAAUUUAGGAAUGUGUUCAUGCCACCACAGGGAGCUCUGAGUCAGCCUCUCUCAGUGCCAGGGUCAGAGAGUCAGAGCCUCCCCUCUCUAGCUGUGACUUCUACUCCAGAAGAGAAAGGCCAGUUCUGUGGACAAAGUCAAGUGCCUGCCAUGACACUCAGGCACCACUUAGCGUCACACUCCGCUCAGUGUCAUAUUCCCGAGAACUUCCCCACUACCUCAGAGGCUCCUCCCAGGUCUGUGGGACUGGAGUGGUUUCCAGAACUCUAUCCUGGUUACGUUGGACUGGGGGUGUUGCCAAGGAGGCCUCAGCCUUGGAACUGGGCAGCUCAGAUGCCUCCUCUUGCCACUUUCCAGGGCAGGAGCGUCUCAAAAGUUCCUUGGUGGGAAAGAAGUUCGGCUGAUAGCAGGAGUUUGGAACCCCUGGCGCUUACAACUUCCAGCCUCCCUCUAAUGAGACUCUUGGGAGCUGUGCACAAAGGCUGGGUGCUGUGCAACACCACCAUAAAGAGGAGUGGUGUCGGACGCCUCUCGAUGCUGUUUGCUGGCUACUUUGUCCUGUGCUGUAGCUGGAGCUUCAAGCAUCUGAUGUUUUGCCUGAGUGUAUGUCUGUCUACCAAGUAUGUGCCCAGUGUCCAUGGAGGCCAGAAGAGGGCACCAGAUGCCCUGGCACAGAAUUACACUUUUGAGCUGCCUUGUAUAUGCUGGGAACCCAGCCAGGACCUUUGGAAGACCCACCACGUGCUCCCAACUGCUGAGCCAUCUCUCCAGUCUGACUUCCUCAACCAGACACGACAGCGCAUGCCUGGAAUCCCAGCAUUCAAGGGUAGAGAACUCCGAGCCACUCGGAGCUGCAGCGCUGGCGUAAGUAAGGAUGAGCGUGCCCGGGAGCCACGGAAUGUGACAGAGACUGCAGAGAAGAGACACUUUAAAUUUGUGCCAGGUCAGGGAGAGUGCAAAUAAUAAAAUGCUGAAAUCGCG